AUGGAGCGUCAGACCAAGCUCGCGCACCUCAAGCUGGUCUCCAAGUACUACGGCUACGCCAACUUCUCGUACCCUAGAGGCGACGGCACUCCGACGAGGAACCCGUACAGGAGGGCCGGGCAUACGUUUUCGACAGAGGAUCUCUCCCAAGACUGCCAUGGCAAGCUAUCACGCCCAAGCACGCCGACAAGAAGAGACCGCACCUCCAUCGGCUCACAAAGCUCAAACGGCUCAGCACCCAGCCUCAUCGACGACCGGACCGACUCGGAGGUGUCACUGGACGACGACUACCAGUACCACGCCUCUGCCUCUCAGCUCUGGGACACCUUCUGGCCUACUACUGAAGAGGGGCAGGCUCAGAAGACGCCCGAGAAGUCCAGGACUCGGUAUCCGGCAUUGAUACCGUCGCCGCAUAUCCGGAGAGCCAAGAAGACGGGCUGCAUCACCUAUGACGACUGCCCUUUGCCACCGCGCCCUGUCGAGUAUAAUAUCCAAGUCAAGCACACCCCAUCACCAACCCCUCCUAGCAAAGAAAAGCCCGCGACUCUACCCCGGCCACACGCAGCUAUGAGGAGCUGCCAGGCUACUCAAGCCUUGCAGGACCCCGAGGGCCCCGAGGGCCCCGACGGACCUCGCAGCCAUCCAAUAACUCGCCGCACCGUUCGUGCCGUCCGUUCGUCCUACAGCAUAUUCCCACGCACCCAUCACCAGGCGCCGAGCUACCCUCCUCCGCCUCCCCCUCCUGCUUCACCACGCAUGUCUCCUUUUCCAAAAUCCCCAAGCAUGGCGAACCUCCGACGAGGUCAUCGCCCACCACCCAUUAACCUUCAUCCCAUACCCGCAGCUCCCCUCCACUCCCCAGCAACCGCAUCCCUCUUCUGUCCCCUCUCGUCGCCUCUCUACUCCCCCAACCCUUCCGACUACACCAGGCCUCACACUUCACACGGGAGUUACUACCCAUCCACCUCGGACCUCACCCACCCCCGUUCCGCCCCGCUACCGCCGCCACAUACACCCACCCUAACCACUCCGUGCGACACGGGCACGCCCAAGUCCUUCUUCGACUUCGACUCGGAUUCGGACUCGGACGACUCGGAGCCCGAGCACGCCAUCUCCCGCCUCGUCAAGACGCUGCACAAGCGCACCGCCAGCGAGACGCGGCGGAGCGGUAAGGCGGCGGCGGUUGCGGACGCGCAGCUGCGCCGGGCCCGCGCCGAGACGGAGGCCGAGAGCGUCCGCGAGAACCAGAUGCAGUUUGAGCGGCACAAGAGGUCCGGUGCCGUCUUCGGGCGCAUGUUUGGGCGCGCGCACGGCAAGACGCCCAACAUGUAA